UCGGGCCCACUCUGUGGGCCCAGAAUGGUGACUGUGCUUCCUUCCGGUUUGCAAAGCGGAGACCGGAAGUGUUGGUUUUCAGCGGCUCUGGGGUAGGAGGGUGGUGAUAGAGGCAGCGAGGGAUUCGCUAAGGUGCUCGAUUCUCGUGGCUGUGUAGGGAUCUAACCACCACCAUGUCGAGCAAAAGGGCAAAGACCAAGACCACCAAGAAGCGCCCUCAGCGCGCAACAUCCAAUGUGUUUGCCAUGUUUGACCAAUCGCAGAUUCAGGAAUUCAAAGAGGCCUUCAACAUGAUUGACCAGAACAGAGACGGUUUCAUUGACAAGGAAGAUUUGCAUGAUAUGCUUGCCUCACUGGGGAAAAAUCCAACUGAUGAAUACCUGGAUGCCAUGAUGAAUGAGGCUCCAGGACCCAUCAAUUUCACCAUGUUCCUCACCAUGUUUGGUGAGAAGUUAAAUGGCACAGAUCCUGAAGAUGUCAUCAGAAAUGCUUUUGCUUGCUUUGAUGAAGAAGCUACUGGCACCAUUCAGGAGGAUUACCUGAGAGAGCUGCUGACCACCAUGGGUGAUCGGUUUACAGAUGAGGAAGUGGAUGAGCUGUACAGAGAAGCCCCUAUUGACAAAAAGGGGAAUUUCAAUUACAUCGAGUUCACGCGCAUCCUUAAACACGGAGCAAAAGACAAAGAUGACUGAAAAGAACUUCAAAUUCCAGCCAAAUGUUCCUUGUUGCCACUUUGGGUAUUUCUGAGACUUUUCUCUUAAGACCUAUUGCAUGCCCUUUAGCUUUACAGCUUUUGCCUUUCUUGUUUUGUAUUUAUUCUCAGCCAUUUUGAGGCUCAUGUAUCUUUAUAAUCAGACUGGAAAUGGGACUUUUUGUCAUUUUCAGAAUAGAAAAUGGGUAAUUUAAGUUACCAUUGCCCUCACCCCCAAUAACUGCAGUCUACACAGAGUCAAUAUAUUUUUUCAGAGAAAGUUAUUCACUCAAUUUUUUCUGAACCAUGAUUAAACUUUAUGAUAAAAUA